UCCCUGUCUGUCUGUAGAAACAACGCAUACUUCGAAAUGGCUCUUCGAGUAACCAGAAACCGCUUGGCUUCAGCCAGAAAUGAGCUCGGUGGAAAGGCCUGCACGAUCACCGGGCCCACAAAGCCUAGAGCGGCUCUCGGUGAAAUUGGAAACAUUGCAGCUAACAAAGAAGUGCAGAAGAAGAAUGUCAAGGCAGAGCCCACAAAGAAGACGAAAGUCCCUGUCACCAAAACUGAAAAAGCAGUUGUUGAACAGCCCAAACCAAAAACUGUUGAACCCGAGCCAGAAGUCCAGGUUGUCCCUGAACCGGCCUCCCCCACUCCCAUGGAGACUUCUGGCUGUGCCCCUGCAGACCUCUGUCAAGCCUUCUCAGAUGUCAUUCUUCACACUGCUGUCAGGGAUGUAGAUGCAGAUGACUACGAAAACCCCAUGCUCUGCAGCGAAUAUGUGAAGGAAAUCUACAAGUACCUGCGUCAGCUCGAGGAGGAGCAGAACGUCAGACCCACUUAUCUGCAGGGUCAUGAGGUGACCGGGAACAUGCGAGCCAUUCUCAUUGACUGGCUCGUGCAAGUGGGCCUCAAGUUCCGUCUGCUGCAGGAGACCAUGUACAUGACUGUGGGCAUCAUUGACCGCUUUCUUCAGGACCAACCAGUCCCCAAGAAGCAGCUGCAGCUGGUUGGCGUGACUGCCAUGUUCCUUGCUUCCAAAUACGAGGAGAUGUACCCCCCCGAGAUCUCAGACUUUGCCUACGUAACGGACAAGGCCUACACCACCGCCCAGAUCAGAGACAUGGAGAUGACAAUCCUGCGAUCGCUCAAGUUCCAGCUGGGCCGCCCUCUUCCCCUCCAGUUCCUCAGAAGAGCAUCAAAGAUUUAUGAGGUGACCGCUGAACAGCACACCCUGGCAAAAUACCUCCUGGAGCUCACCAUGGUCGACUACGAGAUGGUUCACAUGCCACCUUCCAUUGUGGCAAGUGCUUCUCUGGCUCUUAGCCUCAAGGUCUUGGAUGCCGGUGAAUGGGAUGCGACGCUGCAGCACUAUAUGGAGUACACGGCAGAGAGUCUGAUUCCUGUGAUGGCACACAUUGCCAAGAAUGUUGUGAAGGUGAACGAAGGGCUGACCAAGCAACUGGCCAUUAAAGGCAAAUACUCUACUUCCAAGCAGAUGAGGAUUGCUACCAUCGUGCAGCUGAAAUCUUCAGUGGUGAAGGAUAUUGCAAAGCAGCUCACCCAGUGAGAAGACUUUUGGCACCGUGUGCUGAUUUGUACAGAUGUAACUUAAACUUUUUUUAAUGUGACCGAAGGAGCUGCACAACCAGGACCAAAUCGGUGUUUGCAUGUUUUUUCAACUGAAAUUGUGUAUACCUUUACUGACUUUUUUUCUCAAGCAUGCUACAAGUUUUACUCUUUAAAGCUAGCCCUCCACACAAAAUGGCAGUUCAGUAUUGGAAAAUGACCUGCUCUUUAGGAAAGGGAGCCAUAUCAGGCUUAUUUACUCAGUAUGAUUCAGUCUGUAUGACUCUAAUGCAACCCUAUUCACUUUUUUUACAUCAUAAAUGCACUACUUGUGACGUCAGCUGACUGAAAUCUUGACUGGGUAUCCUUAAUUUGAAAACUUUACCAAUUUACAUCCCCCUCUAAAGUUAUUUUUAUAGCUUAACGGAACUGCUGCCAAGUGGCUGAAACUUGUGGCAUGCUUUAAGAUGGCCCCCCAAAUCUCUGAAGUGGCCAGGUGUGACUUUUUUAAAUGGGAGGAUUUCUUGUGUGAAUGUUAAAAAUGUACAGCAAUACUUUUAAAAGGAUUUUACAUUAUUCAUUUUGUUAAAGCUUUUAUUAAAAAUGGUUCAGACCAGA